UAAACGCCCCACCCGGUGGGCCUCGAGAUAACGGGACCCUCUUCAGACUAGAAGAAACUUACAAUGACGCACAUUCAAAUGAAGAAUUUCAUUCACAUCUUGCCGGAGUGCGGACGAGGCAUUCAGAGAGACAGUUAAAACCCCAUCGCAUCUAUGGCUGAAAAGAAGUCCUACAUGUAUUAUAUUGGCAAGAAAGAGGACCUCAUUCAGGCCAAGAGAACGAGUGUGACUCUGGGCGGAAGGGACGUACUCAUUAUAUAUCAUCAAAGAACUUUAUUUGCAAUGGACAUGCAAUGUUACCAUGCUGGUAGUGCAUUGUUGAACGGCGAUAUUGAGGAAAUCAACAACAAGCUCUGCAUUAUAUGUCCAAAGCACAAGUACAAGAUCACUCUUGCAGAAGGUGAGGGGUUAUACAGGGCCAAAAACCCUGCAGAAAAAGUCCCUACCCCGCGGUGGUAUUCCAAAGGCAUAAAGCAGAGAGUGCACAAGGUGACGGAGGUGGAUGAAGAUAUUUUUGUGACGCUGUCUGAUUGCCCCGGGUGGAUUGAGUCAGACUAUUAUCAGACAGAGAAGGGCAGGGCCGAGCUGAGGAAUGCAAAGGAAUCGGAUGGCGAAGUUGCAGAUGCAGAUGAAAAUGUUUAGUCUGGCAGCAUCAGUGAGACAAGAGCUUCAGAGAUCCUAAGGGAACUGCAUAGAUUAAGAUUGAUGAUUUCAAAGUCAGUCUGCAUGAAUAAAAGUGCGAUAUUAUAUCAUGAAUCAAAAUGAUAAUAUGCUCCCCUAUUUAUUUUUGUAUGUGUCAAGAUUCUCUUUCCAUACCUUCAUGAAUCAUUAAUUUUUUCCAGAGAUUGUCAUAGUCUUUGUUUUGCGACAACCCUGUUUGAGAAAGAGAUAUUUUGAACAAUUCAUACAAUUGUAAGAUCUAAUUAUAAGUCAAUUGUAAGCUCAACCUGUAAAAUGAAGAAAGUGAAGAUGACAAUGGACUGUGUGCAUAUAAAUGGUUGUUUAUGUGCUAUUUUUUACUUUCUAGCACUGGUUUCCUCAAAUGAAUAUAAUAAAAGUUUUUUUGA